UAUUUUUUUCACAUGAGAAAAAGGCAAAGGUAAUUACACCGUAAAGGAUGUCCCAUGUCUUCAAAUCUCGCUCUAUUUGCAACUCAAUAAAAAUUAAAUAAAAAAAUGAACGCAUUCCACAGACAAGAACGCUGCAUUUCAUUCUAAUUCAAAGUUUUUUAUUUAUUUUUCAAAACAAUCAGGUCCCUACCUAUAAUGAUUCUAUUUUCGAAUAAAACCUCCUCCGUUUUAUAGUAGGCUAGUACUUGGCUAGUACUCGUAACAGACUAGAAUUAAAAAACAAAAUAACUUUAGCCCCUAGAGGCUGAAAUGCUUGUUUAGCCCCGCUGUGGAGUGGUAAUAUGACAGUGUUUUUGAGCAAGAGUAGUGAAAAAAUAAUUACAAACAGUCAAAUUAAAAAAGUCACAGUACUAAAUUAAUAAAAUUACAAAAAAAAAAUAACACAGAACCAUAAUAUAUCAUAUCAUAAUAUGACCGUUUUCCCCCCGAAAAGACAGAAAACGAUUAUUUAGGUUUCAGCCGAGGCUUGAUCCACUUACGAGAUUACCCUCUAAAUCUUGCCCGUUUGCAGUGUUCCUACCCUACAUUUUAUUGGACAAAUUAGGUUUUGACAUAACAUCACACCGUCAUCCGCUGGCAUGUCGCUUGACAAUUAAAAGUUAAAUGAACGAACUUUACACGACGAAAACGAUUACAAAAAUGAAACAUCGAUUCUAUAGCAACAGUUUUUAUAAACGCAUUAGAUCAUAGAUUUUUAAUCUUUUCCAGAGGGGUAACGGUAAGCGAGGCAGGUCCUGUCUUUUUAAUGGUCUGAGCAUAAAAUCAAUAUAUACCAUAGAUAAAAAAUACCACUAUUAAUGUCAUUGUCAUUUGUCAAAGAUAAAAAUUUAUAUUGAUAAAAUGCUUCAUUUGUCGUCUGUGAUAAAAUCAUCAUAAUAAUUAAAAUAGGUUUAAACUUUAAAGUGUCGAAAAAAGAAGUACCAAGUAAAUUAUCGAAAUCACCUUACAGAAAAAUUAAAAUCCGUGAAGCACAAAUUACACCGAGAUGCAGUGCUGCGUGCCUUUCUGCGUAAAUACUUCAGACAAUGCGUCAACAUCUGAGCGAACAGGAAUUACCUUUCAUGAGUUACCCAGUGAAGAAAAUCUCCGUACUGCUUGGCUCAGAGCUCUCGGCACACAAGACCAUCACCUGCCCGACCCUGCUGUGGUCUGCUCACAGCACUUUCUGGAUGAAGACUUUUGUACAACAGAGAGUUGUGUGAGGCAGAUUCACUCUCAUGCUAUUCCUUCAAAAGUGCAGAUGUGCAUGAUAUGCCUGGACACUGGCAGCAAGCUGUCUCUAAUGAGUAAACAGAAGUUGGAGGAGGCAUAUGAACAGCUAACUGGACUGUCUUUGUUUCAGUUGUGUCGUCGAGGAAACCUAAAGCAAACACUCUGUGUGCUGUGUGCUCAGAGAUUGAUUAACUUCAGUAGAUUUAGAGACUUGAGCUUGAGAGCCCAUUCACUGAUGACAGACUUAGUUGAACAACAUGAAUUAAAUACUAUACAACACAAAGAAUUGAUGAACUGCACAACUGCACAUCUGAAGUGUAAUUUGACACAAACAACAUUAGGAGCUAACCAUUGUGACUUGUACAUAGAUCACACUGAUGAAGAGGAGCAGACAGCAGCAGAGGAAUCUGUAGUGGGAGAUGUUGCUACAGUUGUGGUGAAGAAAGAAGGCAGUUCUGACUCCAUGUCGAGUGCUGAUAACUUGGCACAAGACGAUCAUUGUGUAUCCAAGGAGGAAUACGAUGUAAGCAUUAAGUUCGAAGAGGAUCCACUGGCUGAGGCUGUGAGUGAAGCUCAUCAUAGAAGAACUUCCUGCACUGCAGUUGCAAAACAUGAGAUUGAAAUAAAGAGUUACAUAAAGAGUGAAAGUAUCACCUUCGGAUGCACAAUUUGUUUGCAAGAAUUUGUGGAAGAGAAUGCAUACUAUGAACAUAUGAUCAUGCAUCUCCAGGACGCUGGCGGCGACGCUGCAUGUGAUGCAUCACAAGUGUGCGAGCCUCGUGCAGCUGUGAGCCGCAGCGGUGACUCACUCGUGCUGCAGAACAAGUCAGUAUACAACGACGCUGCAUGUGAUGCAUCACAAGUGUGCGAGCCUCGUGCAGCUGUGAGCCGCAGCGGUGACUCACUCGUGCUGCAGAACAAGUCAGUAUACAACGACGCUGCAUGUGAUGCAUCACAAGUGUGCGAGCCUCGUGCAGCUGUGAGCCGCAGCGGUGACUCACUCGUGCUGCAGAACAAGUCAGUAUACAACGACGCUGCAUGUGAUGCAUCACAAGUGUGCGAGCCUCGUGCAGCUGUGAACCGCAGCGGUGACUCACUCGUGCUGCAGAACAAGACAGGGAGUCAGAGGCUGAGCGAUGAGCCUCCCCUGGCUGCAGGCUGCGCUCCGGCUGUAGUCGCUCCACUGUCCGCGAGACUUGCGGCAAACGACGAGAGCAAAGUGCAGGCAACUGAAGAAGCAGGUGCGAUCCUGACAAGCCAACAAAUCCUUGAAACUGACAUUGACGAACUGGACAACCGAUCGUCUCAUAGCGGCACCAAACUGUACACAGAUAUAUAUAGAUUGACAAACUGUGUAGUACAGUUAUAUGAUAUUUUCAAGAAACCCAAGUUAACUGUACAAGAUAAGAAUCCAAGCGUGAGAACCCACACUGGUGCAAAGCCUUACUCUUAUGAGAUGUGCAAUUAUAAGACUGCCCGCUCAGGCAAUUUUAUUAGUCACAUGAGAAUACACACUGGUGAAAAGCCUUACUCUUGUGAGAUGUGCAAUUAUAAGACUGCCCACUCAGGCAAUUUUGUUAGUCACAUGAGAACACACACUGGUGAAAAGCCAUUUUCCUGUGAGAUAUGCAGUUUUAAAUGUGCACGAAAAAAUAAUUUAACAAGACACAACAUGACCCACACUGGUGAAAAGCCAUUUGCCUGUAAGAUAUGUAGUUAUAAAUUUGCACAAAAAAAUCAUUUAUUACAGCAUAUGAAAAUCCACACUGGUGAAAAGCCAUUUUGCUGUGACAUAUGCAACUAUAAAUUUUCACAAAAACAUAAUUUAGUGAAACAUAUGAGAACCCACAAGAGUAGCUGUGUGAAAUAAUAGAGCCAUGUAUAUUCAUGUGUGCGUGAGAUGUGCAUGUAGGCGUGCUCGUCAAAGGACAAUGCUCAGCGCCACACGCCUGCAGUUCAAUGUCCUCAUGUUUUCCAGAGCCUAAGGUUGCAUGGUAGUAGCGCUUCUAAGUUAUUCUG